AUGAACACUGCCCCUCCACCACUUCCGCCGCCACCCAGAAUCCCCGACUUGGAAAUGGGUUAUGACGCUGGCUGGCAACACGCAAAUUUACAAACUCCGACUUCUCUUCCACCUAUCAACCCGAGCUCAAGUUUGUUUGGAGGCCGACGACCGGAAACUGCCUCUCAGGGUGAUCCAAUGCAGAUAGACGAUUUAGAGGGGAGGCAGGGUGGAGCUCCCCUCUCGCGAAGCCCCGAAACUCAGAUCCAGAUCCAGCCACCUCUGCCAGCUACAGACGGAUUUCCAAACUCAAUGUCGGUCAUCCCGAAUCCGGCGGGUCCAAUCUUGAGUGGCGAACGUCAAUUUUCACUGCGGAGUGUCAAAGACUCAUCAAAUGCUUACGAUCAACACCUGUUAUCCAAAAUUGGAAAGCCUCAAAUAGCAAAACCUCCAUCCCCAGGGGGGUCUAUCAGUCUCGGAACCGACAAUCGAAAUUCGCUCCCUGCGCUCACCGUCCCCUCACGAAGCCCUAGCAAUUUGCCAUCACCCGGGCCUUCGGAAGGGUCAACACUGGACGUGAAAUGGCACAACAGCCCUCAGUCCGGGGGCGUUUCUCCCAGGACCAAGGUCGGCUGGAGAGAGUAUGUAGGCCGAAGCCCAAGCGUGGAGAGCAACGCACCAUCAUCAGCACUGGAUUACGACCAAGGAUCUUUGCGGGAUGUGAGCCGACGCCGCUAUCGUGGAACAACGCCACAGCGAGAAGACAGCAUCAGUCUACCGAGUCGAUCGAACCGCGGAAGCUACGACCAGGGCGUGUUUUCAGAUAUCGAGGGAGAGUUUUCGACUGACGAGCCGGCACCCCCGCGGCAAUUCAUUCUUCGAGAGCCCACUCCGCCAUAUCCGGAUUCGAGACAUGGCAUGAAACGACGGGCAUCAUCACCUCCGCGUGAGCCGAUAAGCGACGAUAGACAUACAUUGCACGUCGCUACGAGUAACGGAGACUUGUCACAACGAAGACUCAGUGGUCAUCCGUUUACCAACACACUCUCGGUCAACCCCAACUACGCCACGAGUCAACGAACCUUUUCAGCCGGCUCAUCCUUGAGCAUCCGGACCUCGGGCUCGUAUUCGUCUACGCUGUCUAUUGGAGGUAGCAGUAUGACCAGCCUUUCUCCGUACGAUCGGCCGUCUCCAGGUGGUUUUUCGCCAAGCUCCGAUCUCGAUACUUUCCACGAAAAAUCUAUUCUCAACCCCAGCCCUACUGCGGCGCUUUCUCAGCCUAGCCUUCCAAGAAUUCCAGGACCUGCAUCUUUGGAACCACCUGCGACGGACGCCACUGGGAAGAUGUCUGUGCCGACGACGAUUAUGAAUGUACCAAAGCCGGCCGCGCCGAAGAUCGGCGGGCUUUUCAUCUGCGAUUGUUGUCCAAAGAAACCCAAGAAGUUCGACAAUCCAGAUGGUCUGCGUGCACACGAGAUGGAGAAACAGUACGCAUGCGCAUACUGCAACCACCGCUUCAAGAACAAAAACGAAGCCGAGCGACACCAAAACUCCCUCCACCUACGACGCCAUUCAUGGUCGUGUGCUGCACUCGUGAGCUUCCAAGCCGCAUUCCACGCCUCAGGCACACAGUCCUGCCAGACAAAUGCCGGACCUACCCAUGACACGUGCGGCUACUGCGGGGAGGAAUUCCCCAAUUUCCCUCAGGCAGACUGGGAUCAACGGUUCGAGCACUUGACCACCGUGCACAAAUUCGGCGAGUGCAACAAUGCCAAGAAAUUCUUCCGCGCAGACCACUUCCGACAGCAUCUGAAGCAUAGCCAUGCUGGCACCAGUGGGAAGUGGACUAACAUCUUGGAAAAUGCUUGCAUGAAAGAAGAGCAGCCGCCGGAGCCUCGCGAGCCUCGGGGGCCUAGGGAUAAAACAGCUUCUGGCUCCCAGACUGGGGGUUCAUUGACGUCCAAUGCCAUCUCGGAAGUUCUUAGCGAGCAAUGA